AUGGAAAACGGCAGCAGGAGAGACAGCCCCAGCAGCGUCUGGCUGGCACCCAGUGGUGCCGCCUUGGGUCUCGUCGAGUAUAAGGCCAUCUCGGUUUUCCUAGUGCUUCUGAUGUGUAUGGUGGGCAUCGUGGGCAAUGCCACGGUGGUCCUGGUGGUGCUGACCACGCGGGACAUGCUCACGCUCACAAACUGCUACCUGGUCCUAGUCAGCCUGGCCCAGGCUGACCUCAUGGUCUCGGUGGCCGUGGGGCUGCCCAACGUCUCUGAAAGCCUGGCUGGCCGGUGGGUCUACGGGCACACUGGCUGCCUGGGAAUCACCUACCUGCAGUACCUGGGCAUUAAUGUCUCCUCCUGCUCCAUCCUGGCCUUCACUGUGGAGAGAUACAUUGCCAUCUGCCUCCCAAUUCGGGCACAGGCUGUGUGCACUGUCGCCCGGGCCAAAUGCAUCAUCGCGGGCGUCUGGGGGGUCACAGCCAUCUACUGCUGGCUCUGGCUCUUCUUGGUGGACCUCCAUGUUGGUGAGAGCCAUGCCAUGGAGUGCCGCUACAAGGUGUCACGCAGCCUCUACCUGCCCAGCUACCUUCUGGACUUCACCAUCUUCUUCGUUAUGCCCCUGCUGGUGGCUGCAGUCCUCUACGGGCACAUUGGGAGACUCUUGAUCCUGAACUCCCUGUCCCACUUGCCCCACCCUGGGGACAGCAAAGCUGGGCAGGAGGUGGGCACCAAGGAGGGGCAGCCCCAGGCACAGGGCGGGGGUACAUCCAGCAGUUGCCCCUGGCCCAAAGGCUUCCUAUCUUCCAGGAAGCAGGUCACCCGGAUGCUGGUCAUGGUGGUGGUGCUUUUCGCUGUCCUGCAGACGCCAUACUGCACCCUGGUGCUAAUCAACUCCUUCGUGACCUGGCCUCUCCUGAACCCCUGGGUGCUGCUCUUCUGCUGUACCUGCAUCUACGCCAACAGUGCCAUCAACCCCAUCGUCUACAGUCUGUCCCAGAAGUUUUGGGUGGCCUUCUGGUGGCUGUGUGGGUCCAGGCCAAGGGAGCCCCAGAGGCGCUCAGCAGGCCUGCCCACCCCCAGCUGCAGCGAGCCCCAGGAGAGGUUCCACCAGCCCGAGAAGAUGCCCAUCAGCGAGAGCGAGGCCACAGGCCCCCAGGUCGCCAGGCCCCCUCCCCAGCAGCGGGAGCCAUGUUGCAGCCCGGUCUGA